AACAGCCAAAACACACGCAAAGUGAAAUGACUCGUCGUCGGUCGUCGGACAAACGUUCUUUCGUUAUUAUUAUUUAACCCGCUGCCGAGCUCAGAUACUUCUCAGGUUACUUCCCGCGGGACCUUCACCGGAGCGGCAUGAAGCGGACGAGUGUGUGCUGUUGAGUGCGCGAAGUUGAGAGUGUCCGAGUGUUGUUUUCAUCCCUCGUCCAAGAACCUUCUCCUCCUCCACGUAAAACACGGAAAACAGCAUCCUUUCCUCCCGUGUGUGUGUGUGUGGUGCUUUUGCUGUUGUGCGCAUUUACACCGUAUCUUCCGCGAUCGAAUCUCACGUUUCGUUUCUAAUCGUGUGAAGUCGAUUAAACACAGCCACAGCCACGUUUUCAUAAUCUUGCGGUAUUGCACAGCGUGAAGCUGGGUGGAUAUCUAAGCCUCAUCAUGGACAACAAUAUCGAAGGGGAGGAGGUGGAGUUCCGCAAACACGCCAAGUACUUUAUACGAUUUCUACACACCCUGCCGGGACGAUUGGCGUCGCACGAUUCCACUCGAGUAACCAUAGCCUUCUUUGCUGUCAGCGGGCUGGACGUGCUGGACUCGCUGCACAUGCUGACCGACACCUUCCAGCAGGACAUUUGCAACUGGAUCUACAAGCUGCAGGUGGUGCCGAAGCCGGGCGAACGGGGGUACGGUGGCAUCCAGGGGUCCAGCACGUUCGAUGUGAUCGGUACGCCCGACUCCUGCGGGCUGCAGCUCUACCGGUGGGGCCAUCUCGCCAUCACGUACACCGGUAUUGCCGUGCUGGUGGCGCUCGGGGACGAUCUGUCGCGCCUCAAUCGGCGGGCCAUCAUCGAGGGUGUGGCAGCGGUCCAGCGGGACGACGGUAGCUUCAGUGCGACGAUCGAGGGCAGCGAACAGGAUAUGCGGUUCGUGUACUGUGCGGCGGCGAUCUGUGCCAUGCUGAACGAUUGGGGCCGUGUCGAUCGCAAAAAGAUGGCCGACUACAUCCUCAAAAGCAUCCGCUACGAUUACGGCAUUAGCCAGCACUACGAGAUGGAAUCGCACGGCGGCACCACGUUCUGUGCGAUCGCGGCCCUGGAGCUGAGCGGCCAGCUGCACCUCCUUUCGGCCGACACGCGGGACAAGAUCAUCCGGUGGCUGGUGUUUCGCCAGCAGGACGGGUUCCAGGGCCGGCCGAACAAACCGGUCGACACGUGCUACUCGUUCUGGAUAGCGGCCACGCUCAAGAUACUGCACGCGUUCGAGCUGACCAGCUUCCAGGACAACCGGGACUACGUGCUGUCGACGCAGGACCCGACGGUCGGCGGGUUUUCCAAGUGGCCCCAGGCCUACACCGACCCGUUCCACUCGUACUUUGGGCUGUGCGGGCUGAGCUUCCUGAACGAGCCGGGCCUGCAGGAGGUGAUGCCGAGCUUAAACAUAUCGAUGCGUGCCUACCGACGGUUGCAGGAGCUCCAGCGCAACUGGGCGCUGCUGGAGGAGGGACUGGCGGCCGGCAAUGGGGAGGUUACCGUGCACAUAGAGUAGGAGGAGCGGUGGUAGUGGAAAGGGCGCACUCAGAUAUCCACACACACACACACACAAAAGGGGAACAUAGAGCGCACAGAGAGCUGUUUGUUAAAAUUUGUUUUGUUUUUUGGGAUAGUUUUCGUUGUUUUAGAUGCAAUUUUUAAAAGAAAAUAAUAGAUAAAAAAACGGGAUAGAGAUAUUUAUUUUUCGCGCUUUUGCAAUUUCCUCCCGUAGGCAUAAGGUUUAGGAC